AUGCCGCAUACUUGGGUCUAUACGCCUGAGGCGCUUCGCGCGUUGAGGGAGCGCGACGAAGGCCGCGAUCCUUCGGGCCUCCAAAUUGAGCAUUGCUCCGCGACGUCUUAUGAGGCUCGCCUCGUCUUCGCCAAGAAUGCUCAGAGAACAUCUCGGACCAGCCCACUGUUCCAACUUGAAGAGGAGGCCCACCCAGGCUCCGCAACGCCCCGUUCCUGUGGAGUGCGGGGAAGUUUAGAGGGAGGGGAAAAUGAGGAGGGGCAACGCCAGGGUACCAUCAGGUCAUGUGAGGGGGAAGAGACAGAGAGAGGACUGGGGCAGUGGAUGGGGGCCGCAAGGAGGCACGAGCGACUAGGCGGAAACGUUGGCAUGGCCUCUGUCGCACAGGGCAAAGCCAGACAAGACAAAGGACGUCGGGGGAAACGAGAAACAUUCGUCUGA